CUCUCAGCGACGGCCGGCGACACUCUACCCGGGAAGGUGACACACAGCCGGUGCUGCAGGAGCUCGGGAGUCCGGGCAUGGGAGUGAGCGGCGUGCGGCCGCGGCAGUCGGGAGCCAGCCGCAGGAACCCGGCACAGCCCGGCGUGGGCGAGGGGUUACACCCGGCCGCGCCGACACUGCGAUGAGUCCCACUCCCGAACUCUCGAUCCAGCAUGGGCAGCGCUGUAUCCAAACGCAAAACCCCGCGGAGCGAAGCCAUCUCCUCGGCUGAAUCCAAGGUUAGAGCAGCCCAAGCUUUUGGAGAAUAUUUAUCACAGAGUGAGGCUGGUACCAGCAGCACCAAAGUGCCAGAUCAUCUGGUGGUAGAGACAUCAAUCGGCCCAGAGGACUCGUCUCAGCUCCAGCCACCGGUGCAGAACAAGCGGCGCCUGUCCGCCAUCUCACAGAGCAGACUGGACCGCAGCUUCUCGGAGGAAGGGACAGAGAAGUCGACCGAGGCCCAGAAGCCCCGGGUGUACACCAUCUCUGGUGAGAGCCAACUGAUGGCCGAGAGGGAGAGCGAGGGCCCUCGGCCCGGCAGGGUGGGGCAGCAGGCACCUCAGGGACCGUGCAGCUCGGGCAGGAGCUGGUCCGGUGGCAAGCAGAGCUCCAAGGACUGUCCUGGCUGCGCAAAGGGCUCUGUCCCCACCCAGCAGACCUUCGACCUGGAGCAGGCGGCAUCCCGUGAGCCUGCCCGACAUCGCAAGAAGCUGGAGCGGAUGUACAGCGUGGACAGGGUGUCUGACGAUGUUCCAAUCCGGACUUGGUUUCCAAAGGAAAACCUUUUCAACUUUCAGACAGCCACCACCACAAUGCAGGCGAUUUCGGCUUUCCGAGGCUUCACAGAACGGAAAAGAAGAAAACGGGAAAAUGAGUGUGCUGCUGUGAUCCAGAGAAAUUUCCGAAAACACCUUCGAAUGGUUGGGAGUCGACGAAUUAGAGUUCAGAGUUUCUCUGAGCGACAAGAGAAAAAUUUAGGUCGCUCCUGGAGUGAUCCCACACCAGUGAAGUCCGAUCUGAUGUGUGACCCCCGUGAUAGUCACGAGCUGCAGAGCUUGUGCGCUGCUUUGGAUGAUGACUUUGACGAUCUCAGCUGGGAGGCGGAGAAGGAGUUGGAGCUGCUGUCGUGCGAUGGUGAAGACUUCGUUCCGCCCAAGAUUAUGCUUAUUUCAUCUAAGGUUCCCAAGGCAGAGUACAUCCCGACCAUUAUCCGCAGGGAUGACCCUUCCGUCAUCCCCAUCCUCUAUGACCAUGAACAUGCUACAUUCGAUGACAUUUUAGAGGAGAUUGAGAGGAAGUUGACCACCUACCGCAGGGGCUGCAAGAUCUGGAAGCUGCUGAUCUUCUGUCAGGGGGGUCCUGGCCAUUUGUACCUUCUGAAGAACAAAGUUGCCACUUUUGCAAAGGUGGAGAAGGAGGAGGAUCUGAUUCUGUUUUGGAGGCGACUGAGCAGGAUGAUGAGCAAGAUUAACCCCGAGCCAAAUGUGAUCCAUGUAAUGGGCUGCUACAUCCUAGGAAACCCCAAUGGAGAAAAGCUUUUUCAGAGUCUGAAAAAUCUAAUGAAUCCUCACCGAAUAUCCUUCGAGUCUCCUUUGGAACUGUCAGCCCAAGGGAAGCGGAUGAUAGAGACGUACUUUGAUUUUCGACUAUACAGACUCUGGAAAUCCAGGCAGCACUCAAAACUGCUGGACUAUGAUGACAUCUUGUGAGAAAAAGGAAGAUGGUAUUGGAAUGAUCAAUUGUAACUGCUCCUAUUGUGAAAGACGUCUCCUCAGUGCAGAUGAUGGAGUGUCUAUGAAGGGACGGAGAAGAACCAGGACACACUUCUGUUGUAUCUUAUUCUGAGGAAGAAAGGGUUCAUGGAAGUCCUGGUAAAGAAUGGAUCAGAGCAGUUAGGAGCUUUGCCUCCUUCUGCAGAUAAAGCAGGAGUCCGAAUUUUACUUUCUGCAGGGUGAGUCUGACCCAGGUCAAGACAGGAGAGCUCGGGUUAUUUUAUUUUUCGUCCCACCCUCCUUACACAAAGGAUGGGCUGCAGGGGUCAGCUGUUGGGAUCCUGGAUAACGAGAAGGUGCCAAACAAGAUUCCUUGAAGGUUCCUUGGGCUUGACUUGAUACAUGGAUGGUUCUGGAGCUCCCCUCGUUGCUCCUGGACCUUAGACCUUCAACGGAGGCCAGUAUUGUGCGGAGAAAAAGCAGUUGAAGGUUUUAUUACUGAAUAUAGGUAUAACGGAUUUUUAAUUGAUUAGUGCUAAUUAUAUGAGUUAGUUAAUAAGAGUUUCUCGGUAGUUAGGAUAUUUUCAUCUAUUUGAGAGUGUGAUGCAGUGGGUUCCCAUUAACAUUAGUUUACCACUCAAGCAGUGGCAAGGAAGAGCCAGGUGGUGUUCACCAUGUUGAAAAGUUGACUCUUCAGACAGAAAUACUGAGAGGUACCUUCCUGUGAUGAAGCAAAUUUAUUGCCUUUACUUUGUUUAUUACAGUCCUAGCAUCAUUGUGUCUAUCAGAUGUGAUAGAGUCGUAGAAAAAUAGUUUUGUGGGUUUUAUUGUGUUUUAAACAAAAAAGAUGUGGAAACCGUGAAGAAUCAUCAAUGAGGUUGUUGGUAAAAUGGCAACAACUGGAUUGGAGGUUUAACAAUGACAGGUUUAUUUUGAGGGCAAUUCUUAUAGGAUAAGCUUUAUCAGAUCCGUUAUGAACACCAACAGCAUUGCCUUUAUCUAAUUAGAGACACUGUGAUGAUCUUUGUUGAUCUUUGUUAUGAAUUCUGGAUUCAUCCCUCUCCAAGGAAGCCCUAGUGCACUAGCAAAGGUCUGAAUAUGAACUGUUGACUUUUAUUGAUUGACAUUCUGGUAUUGAUUGGAUUUGAUGAUUAUUUAUGCUCAAUUCCAUUGCAUUGUCAUAGCAAGUAACAUUCUUAAAAUGGUUGUGUGGCAGAACCUUGGAGAUGUUUUAUUGUUGUGACUUAGGCUAGGCUAUGUAGGUUAGGAGAUGUCCUUUAGGUAAGAUAUUACUGUAAUCAAAAGGUUUUAUAAAAGAAUAUUCUUGAAUGUGUUGCAAUGUAGUCUAGCCAUAUGGGGGGUGGGGAGAAACACUCAAACUUGAUUUUCAGUCAGCUACUUUUAAGGUAGUUCCUUCAACUCUUGAAUUCUUUAUUAAUGUAAGAUAUACAAAAAAUGAGGCUCGUCUCAGUAGCCAGAUUGUUACCUCUGUGUUAAAAGUUGGGAGUGUGUCGGGGGUGGGGUGGAAAGAGCAGACACAAAAGACCUUGACCUUCUAAAACCCAAAGAAUCGCAGAUUUCCAGGCACCAAAUAUAUUCUCCAAUCACAAUUUCCUCAUUAUAAAUCCUUAAGCUAUAGAAUACAGUAUUAUCAUGCAGUUAUAUUGUGAUUGUACCAAAGGAUUUUAACUUCACCAUUUAAAGCAAGCAGCUUUUCAUUAAAAAAAACUUCAUCUUAAGUAUUUUACAUAUAUACUUGUAAUUCAACAUUAAUGUUAGUCUAAUUUAGCACUGUCAGUCAGUAGUGGUGAGCACGUUCUAUGACAACAGAUGCAAAACAAAUAACAAAUGGACCAUCAUUUAAUUUGGGAUAAGAAAGACCAAUCAUCCCAUUUUUGAUCGUUCCAGGAAUACUCAACCCUGUCCUGCAACAGUACUGGGUUGAUUAUUUAAAUAAGUUCCAGUUUUUUCAUGUGGGAGAUCCAUUUCAAAGUCGAUGAUUUCUGUGCGCUUUCUGAUAAUCAGUUUCAGGUUUGAAUUUUUUCCGUGACUGAUCCUUGAAAUUUCAGAGUAGGGUCUGCAGACAUCCUGGAGAAAGGAUGUUAAUGCUGAUUUCAUCGUCUUGCAAAGAAUUGCCACAAAUCUGUACCAGUUCCUGAGAAAUGUUACAACAACUCAAAUUAGGACAGUCACUCAGCAAUUCAUCGUUUUCAACUUGCCUUUGUUUUUUGCUGAAACAAUUUCACAAUUUAAUUUAAACAAGGUCUGAAAAUGCACACUGUUAACUGUCCCUCUGUUACACCCUAUAACACUCCUUAGUUCAGUCAAAUUAUGAGCUCUCCUUUGGGAGGAUGUCUUUAAAAUGAGUCAUUUUUCUGCAACCACUGGCGUGUUUCACAUGUACUUGUUGAUAACCAUCAUCAUGUCACUGUUAAGGCCAAACUCAGAAGUGGGGCAUUGAUCCAACCUCUGAAAUACUUCAUUCCCAGCUAUUUAUUUUGCCCUACACAAUUUUACAUUUAAAAUCAGAAUUUCAGGACCAUGGUGCAUUUUCAGCAAUGCUUAUGUUUAACUAUAUGUUGCAUUAUAUUUACACAAUUGGACACAUUGAUUUUUAUGAGGCUGAAGUUCACGUCAAGCCACUCAUUCAUUGUCGAUUGCACUGGGGAAGAACUGACAGCUGUGACUGGAUUUCCACACAUAACUCCAUGCACGUGAACACUGAAAGUUGCUGACACUUACAGAGUAGACCAUGAGCCAAGCCACCCACACAAAAUGCUGGAGGAACUCAGCAGGCCAGGCAGCAUCUAUAGAAAAGAGUACAGUCGAUGUUUCGGGCUGAGAUUCUUCGGCAGGAAACUACUGCAAACUCCAGACCAAAGUUUGGUUGGGUAGCAGAGAUCUUUCCUUCAUUAUUGAAUUAUUUUGGAUAAAGUGGAAAUCUGUUUUCUCCUUGUGCCGUGUUUAAUUUUUAUAUAUUAUCUAUUGAGAUACAACGUGGAAUAGGUCCUUCGGUCCCAUUGAACUGCACUGCCCAGCAAUCCCCCAGAUUAAUCCUAGCCAAAUCAUGGGGCAAUUUACAUUGACCUACCAAUUGGUAUGUCUUUGGACUGUAGGAGGAAACCCACACGGUCUCAGGGAGAACGUACAAGCUCCUUACAGACAGUUGCAAGAAUUGAACCUGGGUCGUCUACACUGUAAAGUGUUGUGCUAACCACUAGGUUACCGUGCCACCCAAUUUUUGUAGACCUACCAGCCUAGAAUUUGUCAAUGAGCGUUGCCUAAAACAUCCAGAGUGUCUCAAAGUCGCUUACAGAGCACAAGCACUGGAAAUGUAGAUUACAAUCUUUGUGUGAUUGAUUAGUAGAAGAGUAGUUAAGCAUUGAUUGAUGGUUUAUAGAAUUAACUAAAUUAACUUGAUAACCUGAAGUCAGCAGAAUGUAGACAGAAGUUACUUUUAGUCUUGAUACACCCAUCACACUUAAUUCAUUUACAGAAAAGUUCAGCCUAGUAUAGGCUUCAGUAGACAAAAAUCUUGAAUGACUUGGGUUGGAUCCUCACUGACCAUUAGCACGGUGGGGGAAUGGAUUUUUUCUCAUCCCCUUGUUUUCCUAAUGCAUUGUGGUUCUCUAUGCUUAAAAUACCUCCUGAAAAACCCAAUGAACCCAUUUUGGUGCAGGUUGGUGCUAUGUGGCAAUGAAGUAAGUAAGACUGCUAAUUGGCACUGUUGGGACUGGGCAUCACUGGGUGAUAGGAUGUUACUGCUAUUCCUACCAAAAAAAAACACAUUUAUUUCACUUUGUUUCAUGUUAGUAAAAUAACAUUUCCAAUGAACCCAGUGAGUUUAAUGAGGGCAGGAAAUGUACAGAUACACCGGACCUUGACUUAAGCUACAACCCACAGCUUAGACUCUUGCGAAUCCUCCAAAUACCUCUAGCCACACACUACACUUAUACUCUGGACCCUGCCUCUCAUUCCUGAUCAACGAGUAAACCAAGUGUGAGACCAUCAGCAUUUCCAAACAAUCAGGUGCUGGAUUACUGGAUUUUCACCGUUGAUGGUAGCACCAACUGAUCUAUUGCGUCCUGAUGCUGCUUGUUAAAUACACAGGCCGAUUGCCAUCAUUUAGUAGGGACUGGAUGGAACAAGCCUUUCCCACAAGUGACAGCUCCUCGACUGAUUUCUCAGGUAGAUUAUAUGAGAGAUGCUGGAUACAGUUAUUGUCGUGAUCCAUUAUAGCUUCUCAGUUUAGUUAAAUGCAUUGGUGACAAUACAUCCCAGUGAUGUGUCAGAUGGCUGCAUUAUAUUUUUAAUUGUCAGCAGCAAAUGCAGCUGGAAGUUUCCUCUGGAGAGGUAACCCAGUUUUGUCAAGAACAAAUUCUAUAAUUGUACUGCUUGGAGCUUUUCAUCAGAAGUUCAAAGGGACAGAGCACCUCCUCUUCAAUCUCCUCUCCCGUGUUAUCCUUGUUGGAGCUUUCUCUGUUAAAGGUCCUGUUAAUUUUUUCUAUAUGUAGCACCUGCAAUGAGUGAUACAGAGGAUUUGCAAGGAUAGUUUUACCAGGCUGCAGAGCACUCUACACACAUAAUGUUUCAAAUGAGAUAUCUGAAACGGCAAUAAUUAAGUUCAGAUAAUUGAUUAGAGGGUCUUUAAGCUUCAAUACAUUUAACAUCAACAGAUUUUUCAUUAUGAUGCAAAUUUUAUGGCAACCUAAGAUUAAAAAAAGACAUGGUGGAGUUGAUACCCCAGUUAAUCAAGGCACAUCUUGUGUUAAUAUUAUUACCAAGUUUAUCAGAUGAUAAGUCACCUCAACUAUAUUGAGUUUCCAUGUACUCUUUUCCCCACCCCCUUUUCAUCCCUGUUCUUGAAUUCCUGCCAUAUCCGCCCCCCCAUCCCAGAAUCUUCUUCCCCAUUCCCAGUUAUGUGAGCUCGUGCUGUAAAUCUCAUGGGUUUCAGUGAAUGUUGCAUCAAAUGCCAGAUGGCUUCACAGAAAGAGUUUGCAGAAUAACAAUACCAAGAAUGAGUCAGAUCUAAUUUCAAGCUUUAUCGAUAAUUAGGAGUAUUGUCAAGCCCCGAAUUCUAAAUGGCAGAGCGUUGGAAGGAAUUUGGAGGUGGUGGUGGAGAGGUGAGGCUUAAUACUUAAAAACCUGAAGAACCUUAAAACAACGAAGCAAAAGUAGGCCGUUCAGCUCCUUUGUGACUGUUCCACUGUUUAAUAAGAUCACGGGGGGGCCUCUUACAUUAGUGGUACUUUCAUUGAUCACAUAUCUUGUAAUAUCCAAUAAACGAUUGAUCACAGUUGCUCUGUGGCGAAAGUAAAUGCCUCGAAAAUAGAUGAUCCUCAUGAGCCAUCUAGGAGUAUACAUAUAAACUGGACUGUCAGCUGCAGGAAUGUUCAUGAUCAAAAUAUUACGUCCACAGACUGAGUUUCACUAUGUGCAUCUUCAACCUACCAUGAAUUUCUUUGCAUCAAAGAACUGUCAGGCAGGAUGCAUUUUAAAUGAUCAGUGAUCAUCUUACCACGUUGCACCAAUCACUUCAGCCACGGAGGCAAAUUGUAGCCCAAGCGACACUGAAGAUUUAAGCUGAACAUCAGCCCAAUGUAUUCUCUGUAAGGACGUCGCUCCUGCUCAGAUCAGAGUUGCUGCUUCAUCCCUAUGUCGGGGUAGCGUCUUCGUUUCUGAGUCCAAGCCACAUAUCCAGAUCCGGGAAUACAAAUCCUGAUUUUCCCAGCAUUUACACUUGAACAACCUGGUUAUUUCAGGCAAAAUAUUUGGCAUGGUAAGGAUUCUGAAAUCUUGAUGUAUAGGGGAGGGUUUACUCAGCAGUGCUGGUUAGAAUAGUGGAUAGUCUUGGUUAUUGUACCUUAUUUUGGUGCAAGAAAUUUUAGGAUAUCAUGAAACAUGACGCAGUGCCAUUCAGAAAUUAUAGUAAUUCAGAAAGAUCCUGGGUGAGUGUUGUUAUUUGGCAUAACACUAGUUAAGUAGGUUUUAUAUUUAGUAUGGUGCCAUUUCAAAGAGUUUGAUGAGUGGUUUGUCACUAGUUAAGUAGUUUGGUUUUUGGAGUGUCACUGAUUAGCAGAGAUUAAUGUUUAGCACAGUUCCGGUUCCACGCCUUUGAUUGAUGUGGUGCUGGUGGGAGCUGGUCAGAUCUCUUGUUUGGUCCUUUGCCACAUGUUGUAUCUGAAUUUGUUUCAAUUUUGCCUUUAUAUCUGUAUUGUUUCAUGGAAGCACAGAUUUUCUAUUUUAUCAAAAUGAAAUCACUCUGUUGAAUACUUGGAGCAAUAAGUUAAAGUGCUGCGUGAGCAUCUUGAGGGAUGGCUCCCUUGUUCCCCCACACAGGCUGCAUGCACACCAGCCUCACCACACCUCACCUGCAUUCCUAUUACAAAGAGACGAUAGCAUGGCAAAGAUUUCAAUCCCGUUGACCAGGAGGACGAUUGGGAGUAGCUGUGAUUUAAAGGCCAUUUGUAGCCUAGCCUCUCAUUUACAUCCUUGUCCCAGAUGGUGUUGGGAUUGUUAGCUCUCUGUGCAGGUGAAAGGCCCUUGGGUGGGACACUGACCAUCCAACAGGCAAACCACCAAUAAUAACACAGCUCCAUCCAAGCUACCACCACUGCACUGGCUACAAGGUGUCGGCCAGAUUCUAGUUAGUGAUUACUGGGAAAAUAUCUUCUGUCCCCACUUUUUUCUUACUGAUGUUAACCAUGUUGCAAUGUAACUCUAAGCAGAGUUGCUUGAAGUUUAACGUCCUGGAGAUUCCCGGGAUGGCGGGAGGUUCCCACUCUCUCCCUCCUCGCUCCCGGUGCUGGAUGGUACCCAUUAGAUCAGGUGACCUGCUGCCUAUGGCUUCUAUCCUCAGCUUCUGAGUCAUCAAUUACCAUUACCCUGCAACUCUUCCCACUUCUGAAGCCUUGUGCCCUUUGCUUUCCUCCCACUUCCUUCACAUGCUUCCUCUCUCAAAUUCUCCAGGGGUUCCCAAUCUUUUUUAUGCCUUGGACCAAUACCAUUAAGCAAGGGGUCCAUGGACCCCAGAUUGGGAAGCCCUGCACCUCACCAUCACCUUCUCUCAUCCUUCCUCACUCGCCCUUUCCUUGUCCCUCGCCUACCCUUCCCUUGCUCUUCUUUCCUCAGCUUGCUUCCUGCCCUCUUCUUCCCUCACUUCCACUUUCCCUUGCCCUCUUCCCUCAUUACUCCAUUCCCUGCCCCCUUGUCCCUUGGUCACCUCACUCCCUGCCCUCUUCCCGCUACACACCCCACCCUCUUCACUCCUCAUGUUCCCUUCCUCUACUCUCAAGCACCCUCGCUCCCUCAUUAGCUGCCUUAUUCUCCUCCAGUGACUUACAAUGGAGUGGUCACCAACCUCUGAGGCAGCCAUGCAGAACCUACCAAUGUGCCUCCCUGCUUGGGAAUUCAAUGUCAAACAGGUCUCUGAUAUUUGCAACCUCCUCCACCUUCACACUGGGUACCAGGAUGCCAGAAACUCCCACCGCACCUGGCAUGGGUUGAAUGAUUGACCCAGUCCACUGACCCUCCGUAUAGCAUAGUCUUCCAAAAGAAUGUAACUCGUGCCGUUUUGGACUGAUCUUGAGAAAUUAAAUGCCACAAAACCAAAAGGUCCAUUUGCAAACUGUGAGCUACAGUGCAGCCUGACCAGGUCUAUCCCAAGGGAUGCCAUCUUCUCUUAACUCUGCCUGUUUUACCCACCACUCUGAUUAUUGUAUAAAUGUACAGACUGCUCUUUCCUUCUUGUAAAGCUCUGCACUUUCUGUAUUUAACAUUCAGUACUGAUUUGAAUAAUUUUUAACAUUUUACAGUUUCAAGAUGUUAUUUAAUAAACUGUUUUGAGAGAAAAGAAUAACAUGAAUGAUCCUGCUGGGCUUUUCUUUAUUGCUUGUCUCAGUAGACUGUGAAAUGGGGAUUUGAAAGGAGCAGUGAGUCACACACUAGACAUCCUACUCUCACGUAGGUGACAAUAGCACUACAGAACCCAUUGCUUGGUUGUGAAUUGGUUUGAAAUAUGCUGAAGGCAUCUUUAAAAACACUGUGUAGAAAUAUGCGUUUGAAUAUAAUUGUACUCCUUGUCUUGGGCUGUAUUUAUAGAUGCAUAGCAAGAGGGAUAAACUAUUGCAAAUGUACCAGCAGUUAGGGAGAUCCUACAGAUGAAUCUGUUGCAUUAAUGUCGACUGCUGGAAGAAUAUUGCAAGGAUUUGUACCUAAUUUAGCAUCAGACAGGACGCUGGCAGGGUAGUUAGUCCUGCUGCCUCGCAUGUCCAGUGAUCUGGGUUUGAUCCUUACCUCAGAUGCUGUCAACAUGGAGUUUUCUCUGUGACAGGGUUCCACCUUGUGUGCUUCGAUUUCUUCCCACAUCCCAAAGACAUGCUGGUAGAUAAACUGACCCUAGUGAAAGUGGGUGGAAGGAGAGCAGGAGACCAGCAUUCCAAGAUACUUAACAUCCAAUGAAUUUGAAAUUUAUUCAUUGUUGUAAUGAAGGAAAUCUGUCCAAAUUAGUACACACAGAGCUCCCUCGAACAGCAAUAUGAUGAUGGCCAGAUAAUCUAUUUAUUGAUGUUUGUUGUGAGGUAAAUGUUGGUAAAGACAUUGAGGAUAACUUCGAUAGUGCUCCAAGUAUCACCAUGGGGUUUUCUUAAGAUGUACUGGUGUAAGCAGAGUUGACUUUGGUUUAAGAGCCUAAAUAUUCUAUUUUGCUUUUGGAAACAUUAAAAAGGCAUUGCAAUAUUUUAACACAAUCAUCAAUAAAAAGCACUGUACAGUUCAUCGGUCAAAUUCUAUUCCCUCGGGCUUUUUUAAAGAAGUUCCUGACACGCUAAUUGACAGUGUAGUUGACAGAGUUAAUUGCUCACUAGUUUCUGGCAGUUUUCCGACUUCCUUAAAAACUGCAGUAGAUAAAUCCCUGUUUAAGAAAAAUAAGCUAAACGGCUCUGUUUUGGACAAUUUUAGACCUAUUUUCAACCUGCCUUUUCCAUGUAAGAUUUUAGAAAAAAUAAUUUUUCAACAAUUAAGUGAUUAUAUAAAUAAAAAUACGAUUCUUGACAAUUACCAGUCGGGUUUUAGAUCAAAUCAUAGUACUGAAACUGCAGUAUGUAACGCCUUGUGGCUUAAUGUCACUUGCAGGGAACAUGUCAGUUCUUCUUAGAUUUGAGUGCAGCAUUUGAUACCAUAGAUCACAACAUUCUCAUAAACUGCCUGAAUCGUUCUAACACUGCCUUAAGAUGGUUUCAAUCUUACAUAACAGGAAGAGAUAUUUUGGUUAGCUAAGGUGACUGUGGUCUAAAAUCUAUAUAUUUGGUGUGCUGCAAGGAUCAAUUCUUGGCCCAUUGCCGCUCUCAGUCUCAUGCUCCCCAUUUGCUCGUUCAUUAUGUGCCGUGUCACAUGACGUAGGUGAUCAUGGUCUUUUCGCGACUGUGAUUGCUCUAGGCAAAUUUUUCUACAGAAGUGCUUUGCCAUUGCCUUCUUCUGGGCAGUGUCUUUACAAAGCAGUUGACCCCAGCCAUUAUCAAUGCCUUUCAGAGAUUGUCUGCGGCGUCAGUGGUUGCAUAACCAGGACUUGUGAUAUGCACCAGCUGCUCAUAUGAUCAUCCACCACCCGCUCCUAUGGCUUCAUGUGACCCUGAUCGGGAGGUUAAGCAGGAGUUACACCUUACCCAAGGAUGACCUGAAGCUAGCGGAGGGAAGGAGUGAUUUACACCACCUUUGGUAGAGACAUAACUCCACCCCAUCAUCUAUUAGGUCAGAUUAUUUCAAAACACAAGGUGAAUUGCCCCAGCUCUUUGCAGCAAUACAUAGUUGUGUUUGUCUAUUACUCCAGAUGACCGUGAAGCUUUAAACCCUCUGAUUCAGUGUCUUACAAGCAUUACAGAAUGAGUAAGUUCAGAUUUCCUUAAACUAAAUAAGGAAAAAUUGGUAGCAAUAAAAAAGUAUGAAUUUUUGAAAUAAAUUUGAUCCUGUGGCUUUACAAAUCAAAGCUAAGUAAAGAAUUUAUGUGUUAUUAUUGACUCUGAGCUAAAUCUGAAAUCGCAUAUUAACCAUAUUAGUAAGACUAAUGUUCUUUCAUUUAAGGAACAUUACAAAAGUUCGAUUUCCUAUAACAUCUCAAGAUACAGAAAAAUAGAUACACACUUUUUUGUCUUUGGCUAAUUAGACUACUGCAGUGCACGCUUUUCAGGACUGUCUAAGGAAGAUGUAAAUCGGCUGCAGCUUGUGCAGAAUGCAGCAGCAAGGAUCUUAACCAAAAAAAAAAGAAAAUCUGAGCACAUUUCACUGGUUCUGGCAUCAUUACACUGGCUGCCUGUCUCCUUUAGGAUCAGUUUUAAAAUACUCUUAGUUGCAUAUAAGGUUCUGAAUAAUUUAUCUCCCCAAUAUAUUUUGAAGUGUCUAUCCCCUUACAUCCCUAAUCGUAAUCUUAGAUCCACUAAUGCUGGUUUGCUUAAUGCUUCUAGAGCCAAGCAUAUAAGAACUGGUGAUGUAGCCUUUUGCUUCUAUGCACCAAAAAUCUGGAAUACUCUACUGACUGAGAUAUGCCAGGCUGGGACUAUGGAAUGUUUCAAAACACUUCUGAAAACUUAUCUUUUUUAAUUUGGCUUACUUAUAGGAUUACUCAAUGUCUGUUGAUGUUGAUUAUAUUUAUGUAAUUAGGUAUAUUUGAUUACCUUUUAUUCUAUAUAAUGUUUAUCUUUAUUUAUGAUUUUAAUUUUGUCUCAUUUUUAUGACAAUAUUGA